AUGGCGAUCAAGGAGACAUUAAUCGCGUCUACACGUAGUAAUACGCCUCGGACGGUGAAAGAACGGCAACUUGCACUCAUUGAUACACCAGGACAUGAUCUUCAAACUGCUGAUGCACGAGAAUUACAGACAGAUGACGAUUGGGAAGAACGUUUGAAUUUACAGGUUAAUAUUAUGAACGUUGUGGGCACAGUGGAUUUAAAGACAUUAUUAGAUCUCAAGACAAUUGCAUUACAUGCACGUAAUGCAGAAUACAAUCCAAAGCGCUUUUCUGCAGUUAUUAUGCGACUACGUGAUCCCAAGACAACGGCAUUGAUUUUUGGGUCUGGAAAGAUUGUCAUUACUGGUGGUACUAGUGAAGAGAGAUGUCGAUUAGCUGCACGCAAGUUUACGCGUGUAAUACAGAAACUCAAUUUUCCAGCCAAGUUUACUGAAUUUAAAGUUCGUAAUGUCAUGGGAACAUGCGAUGUUCGCUUCCCUAUUCGAUUAGAAGGUCUAUUGAAUGAUCAUGCACGAUUUUCAAGUUACGAACCUGAAUUAUUCCCUGGACUUAUUUAUAAGCUUGUGGAGCCCAAGCUGACGUUGCUCAUCUUUGUAUCUGGCAAGAUAGUACUUUGUGGUGCACGCGACUCGAACCACCUUCACCAAGCUAUCGACAAGAUGUAUCCCGUGCUGCUGCAGUACCGCAAGAUGACGGCACCACCGUCAUUAGUCACAGGGAAGCCUGGUUAUGAGGAUAGCGAGGACCUUGACCGUCUAGAGCCAGGAACUUAG